GACAAACAACCAUUCACACUCACAUUCUUACCUAUGGACAAUUUGGAGUCGCUAAUUAACCUAGCAUGUUUUUGGAAUGUGGGAGGAAACCGGAGUACCCGGAGAAAACCCACACAUGCACGGGGAGAACAUGCAAUCCCAACAUUAGCAGUGUAGCCUGCCUGGAGUAUCCAGACUAAAACCAGCCUCCAACUGCCAGGUUGUGUUUGUGACACCAGAUGGUGCUGAUGCGUAUCUUCAAAAGACGCAUUUAAACCCCCCCGGCCUGCAUGUCCUCCAGGAUGGAGCAAGGACACAAAUGUUUACCUGUCAACAAACAUGUACGACCACUUCCGCCAUCUUUGCCCCUCAUCAGUAAUUUGUUCCAACCUGUGAUGGAUUACAUGUUGAAAGUCGGCAGGGGUCCGGCCUCUGGACCCCCGUAUCGGCGUCGGCGUCUGCUGGCGCUGAUAAGCCGUAAGCUGCAUUGAAGCUGGAUGGAUGCAGAGAUGAAAGUGGGCACUCACAAGAUGAUGAAAUAUUUUUGAUGCCCCCAAACGGGCCUCCGGGGUUCCACAAAAAACUGUUUUUGACGCCCAAAAGUGUCUCGGUUGAACUCUUUACUUUACUUUUGACUCAUUAUACUUCUUGACUUUACUAAUACUUGACUUUUUUUACUUUAAGGUAACCCACCGCCAUUAUUGCCCACUCCAUCCACAACGCUCGCCCGCAUGACGUCGCGCUUGAUGGGUUCCAGACCUGACUGUGAUAAGUGAAUUUCCGCAAACCGGUUCGAAUCCAUGGCAGCACAUUCGAAAAGACGACACGCGAGUGCGGAAACAGCUUCGAUGUCUUCUCACCGGUGACCAAGGCAAGGGCGCAUAUGCAGGAGAAGGUGGAGAGAUCCAAGUUCAUCCUCUGAAGAUUGACGGAGAACUCCACGAUGCUGUCAAUCCAUUCGCCAAAUCCCCUCACGCAAUGAAGGCGGUGCCAUACGGAGCCAUCGCAGAACACCAGCUUACCUUCAUGUGGACUGGAUCUACACAGAACAGAAGGUGCCUUCAGGGGUCACCGGGAAAAGCAGUGCGUUUAAUCCCAGGAAGUCGUGCAGAGGUCACGCGGUCUGCAUCCGUUCUUCUCCCGCGCUUGGCUUAAAGACUGACUGACAGAGACACCGACGACAGCUGGCGGACUCCCCUUACGUCACGCAAAGGCAACACGGCCCCGCCUUUUGAAUCUGAUUAGCUGAGCGCUCCUCCAACCCCUCGCGCGAGCUCUGAUUGGCUCCCGUCAACGUCACUCAAACCCGCGCUCCACUUCCUGGAUUGUUUCGCUGUCAAACAACAGGCUCGGAACAGCAACCGAUGUCCUCCGUCGCCGCCCUGCAUCGCUCUGCGCGACUUUUCAGCCGACACAAAGCCACAAAUCCUGUCCCAUGGCGUUCAGGAAGGCCCUCAAGCGCACCGCUAUUGUAGGCGGCGGGGCCGUCGCCACCGUUUUUGGCCUGUCGCAGCUCAUCGAGUACAGAAAGAAGCAGGCUAGGUUAGCGCACGUAGCGGCGGAAGCGCAACUGAAGGCUCCCUUCGCCGACGAGCUCCCGUCUCGGCGGGGCCAACUCACACGGCUGAAAGAGACCGAGUUUGACGUCCUGGUGGUCGGAGGCGGAGCCACGGGGGCAGGAUGUGCCUUGGACGCCGCCACGCGUAACCUAAAGACCGCCCUCGUCGAGAGGAGCGACUUUUCUUCCGGGACGAGCAGCCGCAGCACCAAGCUCAUCCACGGCGGCGUCCGCUACCUCCAGAAGGCCAUCAUGAAACUGGACUACGAGCAGUACAUGAUGGUCAAAGAGGCCCUCCAUGAGCGAGCCAACCUUUUGGAGAUCGCGCCCCAUCUGUCGGCGCCGCUUCCCAUCAUGCUUCCUGUUUACAAAUGGUGGCAGCUGCCUUACUAUUGGGCCGGCAUCAAGAUGUACGACCUGGUGGCCGGCAUCCAGUGCCUGAAGAGCAGCUACAUGCUCAGUAAGACCAAAGCCCUGGAGCUCUUCCCCAUGCUGAAGAAGGACAAGCUGGUGGGGGCCAUCGUCUACUAUGAUGGGCAGCACAACGAUGCCCGCAUGAACCUGGCCAUCGCUCUCACCGCUGGCCGCUACGGCGCCGCCAUGGCCAACUACACCGAGGUGGUUCACCUGCUGAAGAAAAAGGACCCGCAGAACGGCGCCGACAAAGUGUGCGGCGCUCGAUGCCGGGACGUACUCACAGGGGAGGAAUUUGAUGUGAAAGCCAAGUGUGUCAUCAACGCCACCGGGCCCUUCACGGACUCCGUCAGGAAGAUGGAUGACCAGGAAAACACCAACAUCUGCCAGCCCAGUGCCGGCGUGCACAUCGUCAUCCCGGGAUACUACAGUCCCGACAACAUGGGCCUGUUGGAUCCCGCCACAAGCGACGGCCGAGUCAUAUUCUUCCUACCUUGGGAGAAGAUGACCAUUGCCGGGACCACGGACACGCCCACCAACGUGACAGCCCACCCCAUCCCCGGGGAAGACGACAUCAACUUCAUCCUGAGCGAAGUCCGCAACUACCUCAGCCCCGAUGUGGAAGUGAGGCGAGGCGAUGUGUUGGCGGCGUGGAGCGGCAUCCGCCCUCUGGUGACGGACCCCAACUCCAAAGACACUCAGUCCAUCUGCCGUAACCACAUUGUCACCCUCAGUAACAGCGGACUGGUCACCAUCGCGGGCGGCAAGUGGACCACCUACAGAUCCAUGGCGGAGGAGACUCUGGAUGCCGCCAUUAAAGCACAUACCCUCCCGGCUGAGACCUGCAAGACCGUUGGUCUGAUGCUGGAGGGCGCCAAGGGCUGGACCCCGACACUCUACAUCCGCCUGGUGCAGGACUACGGUUUAGAGCAGGAAGUCGCUCAACAUCUGGCGUCCACGUACGGAGGGAAGGCGUACGACGUCGCCAAGAUGGCGUUGGUCACGGGGCAAAGAUGGCCGAUUGUCGGAAAAAGACUCGUAUCCGAGUUUCCUUACAUCGAGGCCGAGGUUCUGUACGCCGUCAAAGAGUACGCCUGCACCGCCAUCGACAUCAUCGCCCGGCGAACGCGGUUGGGCUUCCUGAAUGUGCAGGCGGCGGACGAGGCGCUCCCGCGCAUCGUGCAGAUCAUGGCCAAGGAGCUGGGCUGGAGCCAGGAGCGCAGGACGGCCGAACUUGAAGCAGCCAAGAAGUUCUUGUACCAGGAGAUGGGCUACCGUUCUCGCUCCGAGCAGCUCACCAAGACGUCGGAGAUGAAUCUGGACAACCAGGAAAUAGCCAGGUACAAGAAGCGCUUCCAUAAGUUCGACAAAGAAAGCAAAGGAUUCAUCACCACGUUGGACGUCCAGCAAGUCUUGGAGAGCAUCAACGUCCACAUCGAUGAAAACGCGUUGCACGAAAUACUCAAUGAAGUGGAUGUAAACAAAAACGGGCAGAUCGAAAUUGGCGAAUUCCUGCAGCUGAUGAGCGCCGUCAAAAAGGGCCAGGUGUCCGACAGCCGUCUGGCCAUCCUCAUGAAGUCCGCUGAGGAGACUCUGGACGAGCGGGGCCCCGUCACGGUGGACCGCAGCGGGGGCGGGGUCUGAGCCCCCCGGGGGCCUGGGCGGAGGCUCAUCUGAAUGACAAUGCAAUCAGGGAGACCGGCGCCCGCUCUCCAUCGUGUUUUGGGUGAAACGGAGUCUAAUGAUGGAGAUGUGUUUUUACGUGUUGAUUGGUUCUCAGCAUCAGGUGCCUCCACUCUGCCACAGCGCACAAUGUAUCUAUUUAUAGCAUCUUUUCAUAUUUCUACCCUUAUAUCUUACCGUAUAUCCUUUUCAUACUGACACUGAUUGUUGCGCCCGUACCGCUUCAUUGAGUUUGUUCUACAGGUCGACAAUUAAUCCAUAAUUAAUCCAUUAUCCAAUUAAUCUACAGCUAUUUUGGUAGUCUAUUUGCCUUUUUUCUGAUAUUUUGGGGAUCAAACCACUAUUUGUUUGUGUCAUAUUGAUUUGGUCCGGCUUGGGCAGGGGUGUCCAAAGUGUGGCCUGGGGGCCAUUUUGGGGACAAUAGCUGUUCUAAAAAUACAACUAUAAUAUAAUAUAAAGGAGAAAAAAAACAUGGAAAAAAAUGGAAAAAAUCAGCAGUAAUUUUACAGGAAGUCAAAAUAUUAAUAGAAAAAAAAAUGGUAAUAAUCUAACAAGAAAACGUUGUAAUUUUGCAAGAAUUAUGUAAUAUUUUUAGGGAAAAAAACAUCAUUUCACAAUUUUUUUUUGUCGUAAUAUUAUGUGACACCAAAAAUAAUAGUGAAAAAAAGUUGGAAUUUUUUGGGGGGAAAAGAGUCCAAAUAUUUUGGGAUAAAGUCAGAAUCACAAGAAGCGGAAAUUGUUGGAAAAUGUAAAAAAGAAAAACUUUUUUUUCUCAUCAGAGUACCAAUUUUUCUGAAUAUUUUGUCUUUAUUAAUAUAAAAUGACAGCUUUUUAAACUAUUUCCACUUUGACUUUACUCAUGACUUUAUUGCCAUAAUAUUUUGACUUUAUACUCAUAACUUCUUCAAAUAUUUGUAGUUUCUGGUAGUAUUACGACAAAAACAAAUUAUUUAAUAUUUCAACUCGAUGUUACUGUUUUAUAUAAUAUUAUUUUCCAGGUUUUUUUUGUACAUUUUCCAAAUAUUUCAACUUCAUUCUUAAAUAAUCUUUGUAAAUGUUUUUUUUUUUGUAAUAUUUCUAUUUUUUUCUUGUAGAAUUUUAACUUUUUCCGCAAGCUAAUUUUCCGAAAAUUCCAACAGUAUUUCUUGUUUUUGUUUGUUUCUCAUAAGGAAACAAAUAAGGUAUUUUUUCUUGAAUAUUUUAACAUUACACUACUAAAAUGACAAUAUUUUCCUCAUAAUAUUACAAGUUUAUUCUUGUAAAAUUGCACAUUUUUUCCUAAUUAGAAUACAUUUUUUUAAUGAAUAUUUUGACUUUAUAGUCAUAAAAUUACAGCUGCUUUCAUUCUUUUCUUGUCGACCUUUGUAUGUUGUUACAUUAUUUUUCAUUAUUAUUUUCAUAAAAUUUAACCAGUAUGGAGAUAAUAUUCCCAACAGGUCACAUUUCAUCUCAAAAUAGUAAAUAAAAAAUCCCCCGGGCCGCACUUUGGACACCCCUGCUGUAUGGUUACUGUCCAGUCACUGCCUGUUUGUUGUGCAGGGGAGACUUUUACACUGAAAGUCCCUCUCAUGACUUCCUGUCUGCCACAAAGCACCAGCUAAAUCCUACUGAUGUUUACAGGUUCCAAGCUUUAGCUGUACUUUUAUCGGAAAAAGUUAUUACUGAACUUACUUAAGUUAGUACUUAUUUAGGGUUUUCUUCUUUUAAAGUUAUAGUCAUGACAGGAUGAAAAAGGGAUUCUAUAUUUGUAUGAUUAUAUAUGAUUAUAUGAUUAUUAUGGAGUGAAACUGCAUGCUUAGAAUGCUAUUUUAGUUUAAGUUGGAGUGACGUUUAUAUUUGUGGCGUGUGAAUGAACACGUGUGUGUGUGUGUGUGUGUGUGCCUUCGCGUGACGAGACACCGCCGUGGACGCCGUGCAUUGUGGGCGUCAUUCAACCGACUUGCCUCUGGGGGCUCUAGAGAGGCCUGGGUGGGCUUUAGGGGGCGGACGAUAACUGCAAAUAUUGACAUCGACGCCAUACAAGGGAUACCGAGCUUUUAAUUUGAAAAAAUGUCAGAAUAAUUUUGUCUGUUUUUUUAUCAUGAGCAGAAAAAGUAUUUAUAAUAAUUGCAAAAAACGGAUAAGUAGCCUAGUCUAGGCUAGUCAAGGAAACACGGCUUUACUAGAUUUUACUAUCGUUUAUUAUAUUUUAAGUAACUAAUAACUACGCAAGUAACAAACUUUACAUUUUAGGGGGUAAAAGUCAAUAAAUAAAAUAAAAUUUAAGUAAAUUUUAGGCAUGUCCGAUAUUGGCUAUGCUAAUAACUGCUAUGCUAAUAUUGUCCAACUCUCAAUUUCUGAGGCCGAUACCGAUAACGAUGCGUGACGUAUCUCUUGUUAGUGGAAUUACACAUAUAUGUGUUGCAUACAGCAUUUUUAAUAUCGAGCCAGCCAAUCACAGGGCACAUAUAGACAAACAACCAUUCACACUCACAUUCAUACCUAUGGAACAAUUUGGAGUCGCUAAUUAACCUAGCAUGUUUUUACUCGGAAUAAUACCCGGAAAAAAACCCACGCAUGCACGGGGAGAACAUGCAAACUCCACACAGAGAUGGCUGAGGGUGGAAUCGAACUCGUGUCUCCUGCGUGCUAACCACUCGACCACCGUGUAGCCAUUGUUUUUUAUGAUUGGGGAAAAAAUCCAUUUCUGAUAUCAACCGAUAUUGUGCCGAAAAUUAUCGGUACUCUUAAUUAAUUUUAAAAUAUUUUAACGUUUUCCCAAAAAGGAAUUCUUAAUUUGGUAAAAGUAAAAAUUUUCAUUCAUUCAUUCAUUUUCUACCGUUUUUCCUCACGAGGGUCGCGGGGGUGCUGGAGCCUAUCCCAGCUGUCCCAGGACUGGUCGCCAGCCAAUCACAGGGCACAUAUAGACAAACAACCAUUCACACUCACAUUCAUACCUAUGGACAAUUUGGAGUCGCUAAUUAACCUAGCAUGUUUUUGGAAUGUGGGAGGAAACCGGAGUACCCGGAAAAAAACCCACGCAAGAACAUGCAAACUCCACACAGAGAUGGCUGAGGGUGGAAUCGAACUCGGGUCUCCUGUGCACUAACCACUCGACCACCGUGCAGCCAUCGUUUUUUAUGAUUGGGGAAAAAAUCCAAUUCUGAUAUCAACCAAUAUUGUGCUGAAAAUUAUCGGUACUCAUAAUUAAUUUUAAAAUAUUUUAACGUUUUCCCAAAAAGGGAUACUUAAUUUGGUAAAAUUAAAAAAAUUUAUUUAAAUUUUUUAAAAUUUUCAUUUGUAACUUUUUCCAUUAUCAUUACAUGAAUUAAUUUAGCAAAUGUUCUAAUUUAUUUAAUUUAAUUUGUUACUUUCCCUGGCAAAUUAUUCAAGUAAAACGUUCAAAUCAUAAAUAAAAACUCAUAAAAAGUGACAUGGUAUUAAAAUUAAUUGCUUCAUUUAUUUCAGUGAAUGUAAUACUUUCCCCGGUAAAUGAUUAUUUGAAGUUUUUUUUCAAAAAAAGAUUAGCUUAGUAAGAAUAAAAUGAAGUAAAAUGACAAACUUUAGUUGGAUUUCGCGCAAUGAUACGGCACAGAGCAAAUGGAGACGUUUGUUCCGUGCACCGUGCUAUCAAACCUCGACCAAAUGAUGAUGAAAAAUUAGGUAUGAUGGAAUAUUAUGAAAAAGAAGGAAAAAGCUGGUAUUCUUGGUGUCGAUAUCGAUAUUUGGAUUAAUCCGCCCACCCCUAAAGUGCCCGCGCGUUGCCUUUCUAAGUCCUAUCCAACUCCUGCACAGUCACAUUUAGGAAUCAACCGUGUGUCGUCACGUUGGGGUUUGUCUUCCGUGGAACUGCCAAAGCCGCCUGUGGACAAUAUGUUCAAUAUCUUCAGUGUCGCAUCCCGAUGUUUGAUUGUCUCCUUCUGGAUGAAAUUACAGCUUUAUCCCGGCUCAAAGAGAAUCGUGUUCCGUGCCCCCCCGCCCCAAACGUACUGCAAGAAUACUUGUAAAGUCAGUGUUCUGCUGAGAAAAUCGAGAAAAAAACAACACAAUUAUCUAAUUAAAUGUAUCUGGUUGCUUGAA